ACGCCAUGUCUUUCAUGCUCGAGUCACUCAAUCCUCGCAGUCUGUGUGACAUGAACAUUCAGAUAAGAGCCAGCUAAAACCACGAUCAUAUACGACUAUCGUACAAACUCAAAGAUAAAUUCAUAUACUACAUCUAGAUUACUUGCCACUCGUUUUCAAACGCCGCCACUUCUUGGAGGAAAAUCGGAAUACGGCAGGGUACAAGCAUGUUCACCCCUGUCCAUACGACGUUAGGAGCUCUACUGCUCUUCAGCGGCUCCUUCGGAUUGCUGCUUCAUAACGGCCGCGUUUUUGGCAUUUCCUCGAUUCUGCGGGCUUGUCUACAAGAUCCCGCUUUAUUGCUCCGUCGCCAGAAACAGAAAGAAAAACAGCCCAAUGGACCAGUAGAUGUGAACGAGGACCAGAAUUUUCCUAUGUUGGCUGGAUUGAUAACGAGCCCCCUUUUGGUUAAAUUGGUCGCACCUUCUCUACUUCCUUCAUAUCCUGAGCCGGGGUCUACGACGACGUUAUGGAUUUCGGCGGCUGCGACUGUGGGAUGGGGAUUUUUGACGGGUUGGGGUACGAAGAAUGACCAAGGCUGUACAUCCGGACAUAUGCUCUGCGGUCUAUCUCGUCUUUCGGCACGCUCCCUUAUCGCAACCGCCAUCUUCUUCACAACGGCCCUCGUCACCGCCAAUUUCUCGCCUCUCUUGACAGGUGUAGACUUGAUUCCGGCCUGCAACAAUGGUGCCACUCCCUGCUACCUCCCUGUUUAUCCAUCCGGGUUCGAAUUAGUCGUCAUGACGACGAGCUGCAUUUCGUCAUUGUUCACUACAUUUGUCCUUGGUCCGAAGAUUUUAACACGUUCAUCAAAGUCGAGAAGAGUAUUCGCUUAUCUUGCGGGCCUCCAAUUUGGGCUCGGGUUGUUGUUUUCUGGUAUGGCAGAUCCUAAGAAAGUGAUUCGAUUUUUUGCCCUGUUCGGCGGCGAUGUCGAUAAAUUCGAUCCGUCGUUGGCGCUCAUCAUCCUCUUCGGAAUUGGUCCCUCGCUCUAUGGGUACUUAGCCGCUAAACCGGGUAAGGCAGAGAAAUUGCCAACAUUGGCACACAAAUGGUCCUUGCCAAAGCUUACAGUAGCCGAUAUCGAUUGGCGGUUUAUUGUUGGAGCAGUGGUUUUUGGUGUUGCUUGGGGUUCCAGUGGAGUUUGUCCUGGUCCGGCAAUUCUGAGGUCCGUUCUGCAACCGGUCUGGGGUGUUCUUUGGAUGAGUGGAUAUUUCCUGGGAGGCAUUGUAUAACAAUCCUGUCUGUUGUGUAUUUUAGACUUGAUCUUCGCGUAAGUAAUCCAUAGACAAUAUAAUGCGCACGGUCCAUUCAUUCAAUGCUGACACAGACUAUUAGCCUGCAUCUAUGAGUAGAUAUAUGUACACACACAAGUCAAACACAUAAAUCCAAAAGGAGUCGGGACAAAAUCUUACAAUUCAGUUUUCCGAAUAUACAUCUUCUCGGCGGCAUCCUGCGCAUCGAAGUACCCCUCCAACUCCAUCCAUUCUGCAGCAAAUGCCGUGAUAAGCAUACUCCAGUCUUCGACUGUCGGAAGGUCGAGAUGUUCGCCGUCGUCAUGGAUGGUAUGCCAGACAGUCGGAAAGUUCGCCCUGCCAGGUGUAUCAAUAAUAUGCAGAACGUCUACUCCUCGGCGCAUAAAUGGGACAUGGUCAUCCUGAAUAGCGGUCCAGCUCUUGAGAAGAUGCUCGCUCUUCUCGGCGUCGACGAGCCACUGUGGUUCGUCUACGUGUCCAGAUUUGAUGUCGUAAUUCGGCGAAGAUUUGAACUGCUUUAGAUUCCGGAGUCGUCCUUCCAAGCUUGCAAGGUUCUGAUAAGCCCAGUGCGUUGUGGGAAAGUAAGAUUGUAUGGUAGGGUCUUUCGACCCUAAUAAAUCAAGCAGCAUAAACAGCGAUAUAGAAGACAAAGGUGUCCGAAAUAUUGACAUUGCCGAAUGUGUCGUCUCAUCCCACGUUUCCGCAAGCGAUCGUGACCCGUAUAAUGAAUCCGAAUCUGUCCACGUCUUGAAAGCCUCUUCUCCAUCGAGAAAGAGCACUUGAAUCCCCGUAUGUGCAUCAAGCCCCGAAUCCAGCCCAUCGCCCUUUGCUUGCAUAUCAUCCCAUUUCCGCGUCAGAGCCGCAUCAAUGCUUCGCAUGGCAUGCAUAAUCAUGGCACACGGUGCCGCGCUAUCAAUCGCACCGAUGAAGCCUUUCGGUUCGUAUUUACUGUCGUAAUGCGCGACGAGAGUCAAUCUUCCCACGUCCCCCUUUGAUGCCCAUGGUGGAUCCCGCGAGGCUAUGAAAUUCACAAAAGGUACCUCCUUAUUCCCGCUAAUAGGCGUUCUGGCGGACGAAUUCUGAAACUCAACUGUCCAGUCCGGUAAUGUUUGUUUGAAGAAGUCGUUGAAAUGGUUCAAGACAGCGAUCGAUCCGGGGGUUCCUGGUAUGCGGGUUCGGAGUAUCGGCGCCAGGAGUUUUCCUUCGUGAAUAUCAAAGUCAUUACCUGGUCGUGGGAGUUUCUUGAGUGUCUCCUCUGAUAGUUGCUGAUAUGCUGAUACGAGUUGUACCAGGCAUAACAAUGAGACAAACAAAUGCCAUACUGAAAGGCUGGGGACAGAUGUCAUUGUGAAUAGAAUGAGUUGGUUCAAGAUAGAUAAAAUAAAAACUAACACAUCGUGAAAACAAAGUGAAUAUAAACUGGCCGUGACAUGACU